AUGGUCCCCCUCCCGCUACUCAUCCUGCUGCUGGCCGCCGUGGUCAUAGGCGCGCCUGCGCUUCAACCUGCGCCUGGCAUCCGUGUUAGUGAAAGCAAAUGCGUCCACGGAUCGCCGACAAAGACGGAGAACUACGACAUCCAGUACCAGGAGGUCAAGCCGCCAUCCGGCAACGGCAGCCAUGACUUCAUCGUCGACCCGUCUUGGCGCAAGCGUCACUCCACCCUCGGAAGCAGCGUUCAAAUGUCGAUGGGAAAUCCCUCUCUAUCGUAUGGAGAGUUCAAGUGCCAGUACUCCUGCGGCGGCAUACCAGGCUGCGUCUCCUUUGCGGGAUACGAAAGUGGGAUCCCCAUCAUUCCCCCACGACGCGGCGCAUCUUUGCUGACCCAGGGCAUAGGCACGGUGACUGGCUCAAAAAAGUUUGAGUGCUAUGUCUUCGACUCUCUCAUCAAGCCCAGAAACCUCGUUCUGGCACCCGACCCUAAAGAUGGCGUGAUGACGCACGCGUACAACAGACUUUGCGACGACAAGUAG